AGCACUGUCGCGCUCCAAGUCGCGAACGAGUCUCAAGAGAAAUCAAAGUUAGCUUAGUUGCCUGGCAGCCUUAUCCCGCCGCAAGGCCGAACUGUCUUGUCAAUGAGGUGGGUCUAUCAAGUGGGAGCUUCAACCAACAGCUUAUCGGCAGCUGCCAUCGUACUACAAUUCACAGCCUUCUUUGCUCUCUUCUCAGUCAUAUCGUAACGCGACUUACUUGAUAAGUGGCAAAUUGGCUUGAAUCAGCAAAUACAUCAACAUGUCUGGAGCAGCCAAUCGAGAGGCUGUCUUCCCAACCCGUCAAUCCUUGGGAUUGAUGAAAGCUAAGCUCAAGGGAGCUCAGACUGGUCAUGACUUGUUGAAGAGGAAGAGUGAAGCUUUGACAAAGCGUUUCCGAGAAAUCACCAGACGUAUUGAUGAGGCCAAACGGAAGAUGGGAAGGGUUAUGCAGAUUGCCGCGUUUUCGUUGGCAGAAGUCACAUAUGCAGUGGGAGGGGAUAUUGGGUAUCAGGUCCAGGAAUCUGCGAAAUCAGCACGAUUCAGAGUACGAACGAAGCAGGAGAACGUUUCCGGGGUAUUCUUGCCAGCAUUCGAGAGCUAUACGACUGAAGGCAACAACGACUUCGGUUUAACUGGUCUUGGAAAGGGUGGGCAGCAGGUACAAAGAUGCAGGGAGACAUAUGCCAGAGCUGUGGAAACACUGGUAGAGCUUGCAAGUCUGCAGACUGCAUUUGUUAUUUUAGACGAAGUCAUCAAGGUUGUCAACCGGAGAGUUAACGCCAUCGAGCAUGUCAUCAUUCCACGAACCGAGAACACCAUCAAAUAUAUCAACUCCGAGCUUGACGAAUUGGACAGAGAGGAGUUCUUCCGAUUGAAGAAGGUACAAGGCAAGAAGCAGAGAGAUACAGCGGUUCAAGAUGAAGAAAUGAGACUCAGACGGGAGGCAAAGGAAGCUGCUGCUGCUGGUAAGGACAAAGGCAGCGACAAGGAGAAUGAGGGUAGCGGGGACAUAUUGGGCGAGUCAGAAGAUACGGAUAUCAUCUUCUGAUCAGGACAUCUGCAUUCUUGUUUUAAGUACUUAUUUCACGGACAUCAUGUAGCAUUAGCGUCUGGAAGGAUUGGGGCGAAAGCAUUCAUUGCUAAUUUUUCCCACCAACGCCACAGGACGAAUCGAAGACAUCAUACAAAU